GACAAAGGCUUCAAAUUAUUAUCCUUCAUUCUCUUCUUCAUUCUCAUUCAUUCAUUUAUUCAUUCAUUUACCUUCUGUACUUUUCCUUCCUUACCUGUAUUCACUUUUCCUCACUCAAUAUUUUGUCAAAAUGUUUUUUCCACAGGGUUUGUUUAAAAUGUCUAUGCCCCAUUCUUCAAGGUUAAACCUGUAUUUUCAUCCUUCUGUAUUGCCAUCAUCAUCAUACAGGAUUAUCAUUGUAUUCGUUACAUUCGCCCUUUACUUCCUCAUCAAAAUCACCCCCAAUCAUUCACCCCGAUCAUCUGCAGUACAAGGCUCAUGGACAAAAGCUCACUCUGUCUUAGAAAGCGGAAAAGCUGAGGCAGUCGUGACUAUACCACCACUGUCGGAGUCAUCUGUCCGUCCUGCCUUUGGCACGCCUUCAAGAGAGCCACACUGGUCCUCAUCCUCGUCUUCAUCACGAUCAUCUUCAAAACACUAUCAAUAUCAUCGUCGUCCACGGAUAUUCCAUCGCUCACCGAUCGAUCAGUUGUAUGAAGAUCUAAACGCAUAUACAAGUGAACAGGAUUACUACCGCGACAUUUCAUCAUCCAACUACCAUGUAGUAGGAUGGGAUUGCGCAGGUUAUUACUGUGCUGAGACUGAUACAUGUGUAGACAAGCCCAUUAGCUGUCCAUGCCCAUCAGAACUGGAUACAAAAUGUGUUCAUGGGGAUUGGUAUGUUUGCUACCGAGGAAAUCGUCGAUCAUGUUGAGGUUCUAUUUAUCCUAGGCUUUGACACAAAUAAAAUAUAACCAACGAUCUUGG